AUGCCAGCUCUCCCAGAGAGUCUCCCUCCAUCUGUUGCGAGUGAAUGGCCCGCAAGCUCAAAAGAGUCUAUGAAGUCGUCUGGCAGGAGGAAUACACCCUUGAAUACGCCUGUUCCUACUCCACCCCCCAGGACUUCGUCUGCGAAACAUUCCUUGAGCAGGAGCAGCAGCAAGAGCGACAGGCAACGCGUGAGACCGCAGCAGGAAGCUACACCUUCCUCAUUGGACUUAGAACGCAGCCCCUUGGCAGCCCGAGGUCAGCCAGAUCUGGGAAGUGUCGGAGAGUCGUUGCAGCAUCGCACUCUUGUACGUGCUCAUGCCAAUCUCCAGCAGUCGUUGCGCGAUGUACCUCCCGGAGCAGCCCGACAAGUCGCAGAGACCUUGAGCAAUCAGAGAACUGGCGCGAUUGACAGUUAUCGGCGGGGUUCUACGCGUCACAAUCAAGAUUUAUCACGUCGGGGUGUCGAGAAUCGACGUCAGCCGACUGAAUUCACGCAGGUCCAAGAGAGGACUGCGCCUAUGGAAGCUCGUCCGAAGACCCCUCGGGAUGCGGAAAUCGCAACACAAAGCUCCCCAGGCCGCACAGGGAAGCUUUCUCGCUUCGGACUGUUUGGUCGCCGAACCAAGUCUCCAGCCGUCGAAGUCGAAAAGUCACCUCGGAAGCUGCAACGGAAAGGGCCCGCGGCUGGGACAGGCCAUGAGGGAUAUGGAAAAUAUGGAAGAAGAGGCCGCAAGACAUCUGAAGAGAGUGGUUCAGUCCGAGGGAGCGAGAGCGAAAGGUCUGUGAGCAGCACCAGAAGGGUCCCUUUGUUCUCAUCCAAGAGUAAGGAGAGCCGCAGCAGCAGUCGCCACAAUCGAAGCAGUCAAUCUGAUCUCGAUGAGUUUGCAGCUAGUCGAAUGAAGCCUAUACCUAUCAUCGGCGGCUCCGGCAGUAGCAUGAAGAGCAAUUCUGGGACUCGACUCGACUUAUAUGAGAGCUCUUCCGUUCCACCAGCUCCCGUCUUAGAUAUGUGGGGAGCCGCUUCGCAGUCUCAGGCGUCCAUCGGUCAACACUCGUUCCAAGACAGCCCGCAUGUCGCCAGGGAUCAAGUAUCGAGUCAAGGCAGUGUCCCUACGCUGGCAAUACGUCGAUCUCAACGCUUUGGCAACGAUACAGAGAGUUUCAAUCUCCCGACCCCGAUUCGGACAGAAGGACUUUCAGCACCUUUAUAUAUUAACAGCCAAGACGACAGCCGUUCUUCCGCCUUUCCGACCUCUACACCUAGCACAACGACUGAUCCUAGCCGCGGCGAUACUGCUCUGCAGAAACCAAAGGAUAAGAAGUCUAGGAGGCUUAGAUGGAAUAUAUUUCGAAGGAAGGAACGGGAGCCAGAACCCGAGAGACCCAUUGGCGCAUCCUCGUCUUCGCCCGAGGAGAUGCCAGUCAGCGUUUCCUCGAUUCCUGUCCCUCGACCUAUGCCGUACUAUGCUGUUAUGGAUUCUGAGAGUGAAGUCAAUCCACCUGAGCAUGUUGGGGAUUACCUCUCACAGGUGGUUGAUUCGCCCGCAGUCAGUCCAUUAAUUGGCGGAUACGAAGCAGACUUCGCUGAGGAUUGGCCGGAACCCUCCAUACAUGAAGAUAGCGUCUUUCUCCCCACUGCACCAAUAUCGCCACCACAAUCGUUUGCAAGGUCGCCGCCAGCAGUGCCGUUACGGAGUUCGAUCGAGCCAGUUUCGGUGCAGGUGGAGGAGCCACCGCAAAGACCACCGCGCCUUAUCCGAGUUGGAAGGAUCCCGCCAGUUGUACCACGGAGCGAGAGACAGCAUAAACCUAGCCGGACGUCAUUUUCUCAACCAUUCGUCAGGAACCCUACCGAGAAUCCCUAUGCGGUGUCGGGCGCCUCAGAAGCCCUGACGUCUAUGCCACUCCAAAUUAGCACCGAUGUGCUACCUAGCAGACCAUUCGCUGUUGUGGAUAGUGCCAAACCUGCCAGUGCUCCGGUCUGGGGAGAGACAGAAUUCUUACGAUUCCCGUCGAGGCAGCCAUCGGAAGUCUCCGCUUCUAGUAGCUCGGAGGAAGUCUUGAGCAUGCUUGGACCACCGUUAAUCCCAGGUCUACCCAGUGGUCCCGUCUCUGGAGGACCUACUCUGCAGCAAGAGUCCUACCUACCAGCUAAUCCUAGCAUCGACGAGGUCUGGAAUGAAUACGACGAUUUCAUUGACCAUGUCAUGUCGCCUUCCCGAAGCAGGAGGAGUGUAAAGGCCCUGGCACAGCAAGGUAAAUCAGGACCAAUGCGUCUCGAACCUCUUCCACAGUUGGCGCGGUCGGAUCAACCCCCAGAGGAAGAACAAACAGAUCCGAUCUUGUCAGAAUUUCCUAUUCCUGGCAUGAAGAAACCUGUCUUCGCACAAGCCCUGGCGACUUCAGCUACGCCUCCAGUUGUCUUUCCUCCGCCUACAAUGCCUGAACGAACCGUGGGGGAGGACAUUCGAUUGCGCCGAUCACGAAUCGUUUCGGCCUUGCAUUCUUCAAUCGACCCUGCAUCGCCUUUCUCAAUCCGCGAUUUACUUAGCGAAUACGAAAAUCAUCCAAGACAUAGUACUAAACUCUCUGAGCGCCUAAGCACAUCUACGGCAGGUCGCUCCCUCGAGCGCCUAACCACGACAACAAGUGAGCCUGAGGUGCCUCUGGAACCAUCUCACCAAGAGAAUGUCACUCUGCUUGAUGUUGUACAACGAGGCAAAGACCCAGUCGCUCAGUCAGAGCUGCACUAUGCCUCGCUCAUGGUGGCCAAAUGGUUGUCAUUUGGGCGAGUUCUAUUCUCGCCCGCUCAUGAUGGGAUCGAUAAGUACGCUGAGCGCCACAUCCUCGUCAUCGACGGGUUGGGAAACGAGGAUUGGUCCAUAUACUGUGCAGUGACUUAUGAGGCGCAAAAAGCAUAUGUCCAUGAUCUCAAGGAGAAGGCCACCUCGAAAGGGACGAAGACGUCAAGACCCUCUCAGCAUGCCCCAGACAACCAUCGACGAGCGGAAGUAUCGAGUUUCUACGAAAAGUUUCCUUUCCCACCGGAUUUCUUCUCCGUUGUCGUCUUUCGUUUCCCCCCGGCCAUGGCAGAAGCAAAGAUGAAGAACAUUAUAUCCGAAUGCAAGCGAGUGUUACAGCCAGGCGGGUGUUUGGAGCUGAUGCUCCUGGAUCUUGACAUCGUGAAUAUGGGUGUGCAGACUCGGAGGGCUGUCCGAGAGCUCAAGUUCAGAAUGACGACAGCAGACAAGCAGAUCAGCCUCCGGCCGAUCAUCGACAACGUCCAGAGCGUAUUAGGCUCACGGGGGUUCACCAACAUCAGCCGCUGCGUGGUAGGAGUACCCGUCGCAGGUCGCCCCUCAGGCUCUUCUGACUCGUCAUCGUCAUCGCGCUCGAGCCGAGGAUCGGAUGGCUUCCCAAGGCGAGGGACCGGUGACGCACGGCCAGGAGAUGCGUCUCCGCGGAUGACAUUUGGUCGAGGUCGCAGAGGAGCCAACCUCUCUUUGAAUGACCUCCUUUCCGAUCGGUCAGAUAAUGCGGAUCUCCGCAUUGGAAAGAUUGUGUCAAGGACGGCGCGGACGUGGUGGCAGCAUUGUUUUGAGGCCAGCGUUAUAAACGAUGGCAAUCUCGGCAGAAGCAUAUUUGCCGACAAAAACGUUCUGGGAGAAUGUAAGGGUCGAGGAUCGAGUUUCAAGAUGCUUAUCGCAUACGCACAACGACCAAUCGUCGAAACACGUCGGCGAACAAUGAGUGAGCCGGUUGUUCCGACGCUGGCUACAGCAGGAGGGAGAAAACAGCCUCAGCCAUCACCCAGCAAUCCACGCACAGCUUGA